AUUUGAGUAUCGCCUGGAUAAUUGGAUUAACAUCAACUUGCGCACCGUGUUCGGGGUUGUUGGUGAAUUUUCUGCUUUUAGAGAAGAAGUUGUUGUUUUAGAGGAGUUUUCAGUGCUUAUUUUUUGCAUUUUGCUGUGCCACACAAGAACCAAAUUAAGAAAAAAUGAAGAGUUUUCAAAUUGCCACGUUUCUCGUGAUCGUUGCAACGGUUGCCGGCUACCCAAAGCCACGGGCUCAAACUACAGUGGAUCCUGCCUAUUUGCGCCAAUACUACGCACACCUGGCUCAAGCUAAUCAGGGUGCUGGAGAACACGCAUCAGCUGAAGCCACACCCAUCUAUGAAUCCUCGAACCAGGAGUCAUCAUCGCACUACUCACACCCAUCGCAAGCUCCAAAGGCAUCAUAUGCCUCACCCACUGUCCGACAGUACCAUCAGCAACAGACGCAGCCACAGCAGCAGCAGCUCCACUACGCGAGUCCUCAGAGUACCUAUAAAUCCCCUGGAAAGGCAUCCCACCACCGCCAGACAUACCAGGACGAGGAACCGGAAGAUCAUGAUUUCAACUCUUCCUACCAGUUUGGGUUCGACGUUAAGGACGAUGAGUACACAAACUACCAGAACCGCAAGGAAAUCCGCGAUGGGGGUGUGAUCAAGGGUAGCUAUUCCGUUGUUGAUUCCGAUGGCUUCAUCCGUACCGUCACGUACACCGCUGACCCCAAGGAGGGCUUCAAGGCUGAGGUCGUGCGUGAGCCAACUGAUAUUGUCGUGAAGACACCCGCCCCACCACAUCUUAGCGAUCAUCGCCACCACAACCACCAAUACUCCCCCUCCGCGUCCUACAAGCAACCAACAGCACAGAAGACGCACUACCAGUACGAAUAAGUUUAUUUAUUGAUGGUUCCCGUAAUUUAAAAAAAUCUCCAUCUCUCAUUUUCUUGUUUAUCUCAUUGUAUUUUAUUUAAAAACAAAUAAUAAAAAGAAAAGUUAAAAAAAA